GGGAUUAGAGCCAGAGGCUCCUAAGGAAGAUCAGAGCCCCCCCCCGCAUUGGAGCCAAGCAGGCAGGCGCUCCCUCCUCCGGCACCCCCUCCCCGCAGCCCGGGAACCAAGUAAUCCCCAUCGAUGAGGAGGAGGAGGAAGAGAAGACAAAAGGGGAUUUCAGCUCUGAAGUGACAGCAAGGGAAAGGAGAAGCCGCAGCGGAGGCAGAGCAGAGCUGCAGGUUCUCCAAGGCACCCACCCGGCAGCACGGCCCCAGGAAGGGGGACCCCACCACACACGCGCCUUCCAGCUGUCGGCUUGCUCUCUUCUGCCUUUGAUGCCAUGGGUAACAGCUUCUCCAGCAUCCCUGCACUGCCCAGAGGCAACCAGAGCAGAUUCCACAGGGUCCACCACCAGCACCUCAAAGACUCUAUAGGUGGACCCUUUCCGGCUUCCUCUCACCGAUGCCACCACAAGCAGAAGCAUUGUCUGCCCAUCACGCAGUGCGGAGCUUUGUCAAUAAGCCCACUGCUUUUCCAUCCCCACACCAAGGGGUCCCAGAUCAUCAUGGACACGGCACAGAAGGCAGUGAAGCGGCAGGCCAGCUUCUGCAACGCCAUCACCUUCAGCAACAGGCCUAUCGUGAUCUACGAGCAGGUCAGGUUAAAGAUAACAAAGAAGCAGUGUUGCUGGAGUGGGGCUCUCCGACUCGGAUUUACUUCCAAGGAUCCCUCCCGGAUUAAUCCUGACACAUUGCCAAAGUACGCUUGCCCGGACUUGGUUUCCCAGAGUGGAUUCUGGGCCAAGGCCCUGCCAGAAGAGUUUGCAAAUGAAGGAAACAUCAUAGCAUUCUGGGUGGACAAAAAGGGCCGGGUGUUUUAUCGGGUCAAUGACUCUGCUGCGAUGUUGUUCUUCAGUGGGGUGAGGAUCAUGGAACCCCUGUGGGCUUUGAUUGACGUGUACGGACUCACCCGUGGGGUGCAGCUAUUAGACAGUGAAAUUAUUCCUCCCGACUGCCUGCGUCCGAGAUCUUUCACUGCAAUUCGCCGGCCCUUGCUGCGCAGGGAGACAGAGGACACCCGGCUCUCCGUGAGCCUCUGCGACCUCAACCUCCAGGAAGAGAACUUCCAUGUGCUGGCCACCAUGUGUCCCAUCCCUCAGAAUUCCCUCAAUUCUCAGCAUUCCCAUCUCUUCCCAUCCCAGCUCGAAAGUGACCUCCGCUUCCACCAGCUCAGGGGAGCCCAUGUCAAAAUCCUGGACGACCAAACUGUGGCCCGGCUGGAACAUGCCCGGGAAGAGAGGACUUUGGUUUUCACCAGCAGACCCCUUAGAAUCAAUGAAACCAUUUUUGUCAAAAUUAACAAAUCAAAUGCCUCCCGCUCCGGCACACUGUCAUACGGAGUUACCUCUUGUGACCCUAGUACUCUGAGGCCCAGUGACCUUCCUUAUAACCCAGAGUCGUUGGUUGACAGGAAGGAAUUCUGGGCAGUGUGUAGAGUCUUGGUGCCCCUUCAGAGUGGAGACAUCUUGGGGUUCAUGGUGAAUUCAGAAGGCGAACUGCAUUUGAGUCAUAAUGGUGCCAGCGCCGGCAUGCAGGUCUGCGUGGACUGUUCCCAGCCCCUCUGGAUGUUCUUUGGUUUACAUGGAGCAGUUAUGCAAAUUCGAGUAUUGGGUUCCACCAUAUUGGCCGAGCGACUGGGCCCAUCUACACCGAGCUCUCCCACUUCAGCCCCAAAUUCCCCCACGGUUCUCUGCAGCGGGGUUUCUGAUCCAAUCCUGAGUACGUAUGGCUCCGGUCUGCUCUGCAGCUCCAUCAGCGGCACAGCGCCAAACUCCCCCGUCAGCAUGCCGGAGUCACCCAUCUCCCCAUCUGGCUCAGGGAUCUGGGGGGACGAGUGCACCAUCUGCUACGAGAACAUGGUAGAUACCGUCAUUUACUCCUGUGGACACAUGUGUCUCUGCUACCCGUGUGGGCUGAAACUCAAGAAGAUGGCCAACGCCUGCUGCCCGAUCUGCAGACGGGCCAUCAAGGAUAUCAUCAAAACUUAUCGCAGCACUUAGACCAGCAGCACGGGUUGGGGGGGGGGGCAGACGUGAGAGGAGCGAGGGGUCUCUGUCUUCACUCAUCAUUUGUGAAAUUCAACAUCUGAACCACCCCCAGGAUGCUGGAGGCAGGGAGGGGAGGGUCCUGCUGGUGCCAGCUCUUCCCUUCCCUUUGCCCCUAACGAGUUCUGAACUCCAGCACAUCAGGGAAGUCAAGAUGAACCACUCUUUCCAAUGGGUUUUACAUUUUAAUCUUAAGAAAACAGCUGGAGCCGUUCUUCCUCUUCUACAGCAUGCCCAGGGAUGUCCCCGCCGCUAGGCUAGCGGGAAAGGUGCGGUGAGGCACACCUUCUGCCCGGUGGACAGUGACAGUAGACAGCUGGUGAGUGGCAGUAAUACAGAGAAGAAAGUCGGCCUUUUGGGGGCAACUGACCCCAUUUCACAAAAGCCUCUUAAAAGGGCAGGGCUGCGUGGGCCGUUCGGAAGAGCUGGGUGUCCAGCAGGAGUGCUGGCGGCAAAGGUGUGACAGGGCCAGUCUGGCAGGAGAUACAUUAUAAAGCCAAACCCUUUUGCUGGUGGCGGAAUAGUUCCCAGGAACCCUGCUCACUCGAUGCUCUCCGGGGAGCGGUGGCUGGAAAUCGACGUGCUGAGUGCUGCGUGGGGGGAGAGUGAGGCCCAUGGCAGCGGAUGGGUGUGCAGCAUGUGGUUCCUGCGAAAGACUCUAAGGGGGGCAUGGCUCUGCGUGUCGCCGUCCAGCGAGGUGACGGGGUUACGUUUUCAGCAGCCUUGCCCCAGCGGCCUGGCUCCUUGUGGCACUGCACGACUAUAACCCCACUGCACCGAUGCUUGCUCCUGAGUUCUCCCUGCCCUUCACAAGCCAAAGGCCUCUCCCCUGACCCCUCAAUCAGCACUUGCAAAAAACACUGAGGAAGAAUGUCUACACCUGCCCUCCCACCAAUGCUCUGUUUUUAUGGUAGAGUGUUAAAUGUCUCUCUUUGCUUUAAAGGAAGGAAACUUGGGUGGUGAUUACACGCUCUUGGCCACACUGAUGUGACAGGGUGGUCAAUGCACUUAGUCAUCAACAAGCAAAAAAGGAAGAAAGUGGCUUAAAACAGAUUUUGUUUCUUUGUUUUAAUGAAGGAGCUUCUGAUAAAAAUAAAAUAAAUAAAUAAAUGGAGAUAUCCCAUCUCCUAGAACUGGAAGGGACCUUGAAAGGUCAUCGAGUCCAGCCCCCUACCUUCACUAGCAGGACCAAGUACUGAGUUUGCCCCAGUUGGCCCUCUCAAGGGCUGAACUCACAACCCUGGGUUUAGCAGGCCAAUGCUCAAACCACUGAGCUAUCCCUCUCCCCAAAGGGCCAGAGGUAGGUGGAGGGAAGGGAGAGAACUGGUUUGCUGCUGCUCCUGCUGCCGCCCCAUCAGUUUGAGUGGCCAGGUUCUCUGCACCCCACCCAUUUUGUGUGUCUAUCUGUGAGUCCUUGUGACCACCCAUUCUAGGAAGUGUAGUACUGGGCAGCCGCCAGGCUCGGCCGGGGCUCACUCAGGCCACAACCAUCUCAGUUUAGGUCUGUCAGUCCUCCCUGGUCUGCACCUGCACUACGAGCAAGGCACGCCCCCAUCCCUCUGGGGCUGAGCUGUCCACCCUGGGGGCCCAUUGCGUUCAUGGGGCUCAGCGUGGUGGCAAACGCGAGGCCUAGAGAUUUUUGUGACUAACUGGGGACACCAUAAAGUGGCCUCGUUUUCAGAACGCGACAAGCCCCAUCAGGAAACCAGGCUCCUCUGAACAGACUCGAAUGCGGCACUAAUGAAAACCUUGGAGGAGGGGCUUGAUCUCAGCUAGCUCCCAUUGACCUCAGUGGGAGCUCAAGCAAGGCCCCAGCUUGCUGGGAAGUAUUAGAUGACGCAAGCCUGCUGCUUUCCAGGGGGCUGCACGGCAGAGAAGGCAAGCAAGCUGUGGCUCAUUUAUACUCCUCUCUAGUGUUAAUGGCCCCAGAACACACCUCUUCCCCCCCCCCCCCCCCCCCC